AUGCUUUCGCCUAGCCUGUAUCUUCUGGCCACGAGCUUGACUCUGUCAACAGCUUUUGCCAGGCCAAAUGUCGUCCGCCGCGACGAGACUCCCCAACUACCCUAUGAUCCAAAUACUACUCCAUACUGCACAUGGUGGGUAGACGAUGAUAGCUCAAGCAAGUGCGCUGAUAUCCCUGCCUAUUAG